GGAGGAACAGUCAUUAUUGCGCCAGUAUAACACUCGCUUCUAGUUCUCUUGAACGAGCAACUCGAGUUUUCCAGACAUCAGCUCGACACGAGCUCGCGAUCCCGCCGUGUUUACGUAUUCCAGUCCAGGGUUCUCUCUCGCUCGGCUCGCCGUCACGGAACCGCGUGGCCGCCUCGAAAAACCGAUUCGAUCAUUCGCUGAACGCGCGCGUUACGAUGAGAUCGUUCUCAGGAAACAACGAAAAUGUGACGUGAGACUGGCCUCAAGAGAGCCUUGGCAAGAACGUGACACGUUUCGUCGCAGUCGAUCGUUCGGUGUGGCACGCGCUCCGCCAAAAUGCCAGUGAGAAGGACCAAUUUUCAUGCGUUCACCAGUGCGCUUGUGUCGGUACUGUGCUUGGUCCUGGUGGCGCUUCGUGUCGGCCAGGUCACCGGCCAGUUAUUGGACACGGAGUUUCAACCAACAGUCACGGCGACAUGCAAGGCCGGACACAUGACGAUACGAGUGAACUUGAAUCAAAGUUUCGUGGGUGCUGUCCACGCCAGAGAUUUCCGGACGCCGCAGUGCAUGGCGCCCGGUAACGGCUCCACACACGCCACCCUCGCCAUUAAUCUCCUCGCUCCCAAAGGAUCUCCGGAUUACUGUGGCGUCUUGGUAAACAACGACACCGAGGAACGCUCGAUUCCCAUCGCGGUGAGGAUACACAAGACCUUAGAGCUGGCGGACGAUAAAUUCUACGUGAUCACGUGCGGAAAAGCUGGAUUCAAAAACGCCAAGAACGAGACCUCGCUGGUAUCAUUGCGCCUUUUGGACGGAGGCCACAAAGUGCAAGAGGCUAUUUAUGGUCACAACUACAGUUUGCGUGCGGAGAUCUCGCGACCAGAUGGAAUGUACGGAAUCAAAGUAAAAUCGUGUUUCGCGUUCAACAAACGAAACACCAGCGUACAACUGAUCGACGAUAAAGGGUGUCCCGUAAAGGCUCGGGUCAUGACGAAAUUCAUCUACGAUCGGAACACCGGCCUGGCGGAUGCUACAUUGUUCUCCAUGUUCCGGUUCCCCGACAGUCCACAGGUGCAUUUUCAAUGCGACAUCGCCGUGUGCAGAGGAAGCUGCGGUAUCCCCGUUUGCGAAGGCGAUAACGAGGAAGAUAUAAAGGGAGCGUCCUUAAUUAAUGGGCAAAGCGUGAGCGGCGAGGAAGGAGUGCUCUUAGCCGGCACGAGCGUGUUCGUUCUUGACCCUGGUCAAACGCCAUCCGUUCAGACGCUGUACGAGGACGGCAGCGUUCAUCCGUUGUGGCUGCUGUGGCUGGCGGUGGCUCUUGGCAUUCUGUUCCUCAUCAUGCUGAUAAUCAAUAUAUUCCUCUGCUCGGCGAUGACCUGCAGCUGCACCAGAACGGACAUUAUCGAGAAGGAGCCAUCGAUUAUCGAGGACUACGAUCCGUAUCGUAGCUGGCACGGCUCCCAAUAUGGCUCAAGAUACUCCUUAAACGGGAAACAAGGAUACGCUUCCGGAGGAUCGACGAUGAAUUCCACGAGGUCGAUAUCGACGAACAGCGAUCACUACGCGAUAGUUCAUUCCAGGCCAGGGAGCAGAUACUCUGGACCAGGUCAGAAGCAGCAUCAUCAUCAUCACAGAGGGCCGCCGUCGAACAUUGGCUCGCACUAUUCUGGAAAAUAACGAUAACGUCGAGAACUUACGUAAC